GCCAUAAAUCCAGCUGUGCCGACCAGGAAACCUCUGUUUCCUCCCCCCGGCACGUGUGUGUUUAACCGUAAAACCCGCGUCCCGGCAAACGCGGCACUGAGGUUUUGGGGAGAGGGGGGCUCGCUGUUCCCUCCCCCUGCCCCCCCCCCCCAUCCCAGCCCCCCAGGCUGGCGGGGAUCCUGGAGCCGCCCCGGCCAAGCUGGACCCUCUCUGAAGUUGAGCAAGAAGCCGCCGGAUCCAGGAAACUCAACCGGGAAUAAACACGAAACGGGUUGAAACGGGGCCACGAGGCGCCGCGCCAGGGUCGGGAACCGCCGUGCCGAACCCCACCCCGGGUCCCGUCCCCCCCCCCCCCCCAGCACACCGACAUCCCACACCAGGGUGGGGUGCGGCAGGAGAGGUCACGCAGGAGGGUCCCCCAGGCUGCUGGGUGGCCGUGCCUCAGUUUCCCCUUGGCACAGCGGUGCUGGGGGUGGGGAGCAGCGUGAGCCGGGGUUGAGGCUGUUCCUGGCGCCAGGAGGAAUGUGAGGCUGGGCCCCCCCCCCGAGGAGGAUGGUGCUGCGGGCCGCGGCGCUGGCCACGCACCUCUGCCUCCUGGCCGCCCUCCGCCCCAGCGACCCCAACGUCUGCAGCUACUGGGAGAGCUUCACGGCGGCGGUGAAGGAAUCCUACACCAAACCCCAUGUUGUGUCUUCUGCCGAGGCCUGUCCCGGGGUGCUGGGGCCCCCCCUGCCCUGCCUGCAGCAGAGGAUCGUGUACCGCACUGAGUACCGGCAGGCAGUCCGGACCGACUACCGGAGGCGUUACCAGUGCUGCCUGGGCUACUACGAGAGCCAGAACUCCUGCAUCCCGCGCUGCACCCACGAGUGUGUCCACGGCCGGUGCGUGGCUCCCGACCUUUGCCAGUGCGAGCCGGGCUGGCGGGGUACCGACUGCUCCAGCGAGUGUGACGAGCAGUCGUGGGGGCCGGGCUGUGGGCACCGCUGCUCCUGCCACCACGGGGCCCCCUGCGACCCCCUGAGCGGGGCCUGUUCCUGCCCCCCCGGCUUUGCCGACCCGCUGUGCCACCAGCCGUGCCCACCGGGCACCUACGGCCCGGGCUGCCGCCUGUCCUGCCCCUGUCACCACCGGGCCCCCUGCAACGCCUCCACCGGUGCCUGCCUCUGCCCCCCGGGGCUGGCCGGCCCCCUCUGCGAGGUGCCCUGCCCCAAGGGGACACCCUGCGACACCUCCUGCCCCUGCCAGAACGGGGGCAUCUGUCACCCCCCCAACACCAGCACCUGCGUCUGCCCCCACGGAUGGAUGGGGGAGAUCUGCUCCAUGCCGUGCCCCCCCGGGCGCUUCGGCCCCGGCUGCCAGGGCGAGUGUCGCUGCCACAACGGGGGCCACUGUGACCCCUGGGGGGGGCAGUGCCAGUGUGCCCCUGGAUUCACCGGAGAGCAGUGCCGGGAGAGGUGCCCGGUGGGUCGGUACGGGCAGGACUGCCGGGAGAGCUGCGACUGUGCCAACGGCGGGCAGUGCUUCCACGUGGACGGGAGCUGCCUGUGCGAGGCCGGCUUCCAGGGCAGCCGCUGCCAGGACCGCCACUGCCUGCCCGGCCUCUUCGGCCUCCGCUGCCAGAGCCGCUGCCUCUGCCACCCCCAGCACAGCCAGAGCUGCCACCCGUUGCUCGGGGAGUGCGUGUGUCACCCUGGUUGGGCCGGGCUUUUCUGCAACGAGAGUUGCCCCCCCGGCUCCUUCGGGGCCGGCUGCCUGCAGGCCUGCCUCUGCCUCCACGGGGGGGUCUGCGACGGGACCACCGGCCACUGCCGCUGCCCCCCCGGCUACACGGAUGAGCACUGCUCCUCCCUGUGCCCCCCUGACACUUUCGGGACGAACUGCUCGGGGCGCUGCUCCUGCCAGCACGCCCUCUCCUGCUCCCCCCUCGACGGCUCCUGCCUCUGCAAGGAAGGCUGGCACGGACCCGACUGCUCGACCCCGUGUCCCGCUGGUAUUUGGGGUCCCGGCUGCAACCGGACCUGUGCCUGCGCCCACGGGGCAGCUUGUGACCCCCAAAGCGGGACCUGCAGUUGCCCGCCGGGCUGGCAGGGCCCCCGCUGCCUGCAGCCCUGCGCGAACGGGACAUUCGGAGCGGGCUGCGGGCAGCGCUGCGACUGCGCUCACGCCGACGGCUGCGAUCCGGUGACGGGAGCGUGCCGCUGCCUCCCCGGCUGGACGGGGCCGCAGUGCAAGCAGGGCUGCCCCCCCGGUUUUUGGGGCCGGGGUUGCCGCACGCCCUGCUCCUGCCGCAAUGGGGCCACUUGCUCACCCCAAGACGGAGCCUGCGCUUGCGCCCCGGGGUACCGCGGCCCCACCUGCCAGCGCCCCUGCCCACCCGGCCGCUACGGCAAGCGCUGCUCCCUGAGCUGCUCCUGCGCCAACGGCUCCUCCUGCCACCCCGCCAACGGCUCCUGCCUCUGCGCCCCGGGCUGGCGCGGCCCCCGCUGCGCCCAGCCCUGCGACCCCGGCUCAUGGGGGGAAGCCUGCGCCCAGCCCUGCCUGUGCCAGCACGGGGGGACGUGUCACCCCGCCGAGGGGACCUGCCGCUGCCCGCCGGGCUGGACGGGGACGUUCUGCGGGGAAGUCUGCCCCCCCGGGACCUUCGGGCUCCAGUGUCACCAGCUCUGCCGCUGUCCCCACAACGUCACCUGCCACCCGGCCAGCGGGACCUGCCCUUGCGCCCCGGGCAGGAUCGGGCCCCUCUGCGAGCCCGGGACCCCCGAGCAGCCCUACACCAUCGUGCCGGCCCCCCCGGCAGCCUACAGCUCGCUGGGGGUGGUGCUCAGCCUGGUGGCCCUGGUGGCCCUGCUGGUGGCCGCGGUGGCCCUGGCGCUGUGCUACCGCCACCGCCAGAAGGGCAAGGAGGGCCGGCACCUGGCCGUGGCCUACACGGCAGGACAGACGGACACCUCGGACUACGUGGUGCCGGACGUGCCACUGAGCCACCACGCGCACCACUACUCCAACCCCAGCUAUACCACGCUGUCCCGCUGCCCGCUGCCGGCCCCCGGCGCCCGCAAGGCACCCGGCACCCCGCUCUUCCCCGGCACAGAGAGACCCCCCGGCCCCGAAGGCAACGCCACGCUGCCUCCCGACUGGAAGCACCUCGGGGCACCGGCUCUGGCCCCCCGGGGAUCCACUGGGAAGGUGCUGAGGUGGGUGGAGGAUGUUCAUGGGGUGGAGCAAAAGGGGGGGGGACCCCAAACGUGCCCCGUUCCAGGGGGGCAGCUGGACCGGAGCUACAGCUGCAGCCUGGGGAAGUACAAGGGCAAAGAACCCUCCCCGGAGGGGCUGGGGAUCAGCACCAGCUCCCUGGCCAGUGAGAACCCCUACGCCACCAUCAAGGAGCUGCCCCCCGGCCCCGGGAGGGCCCCCGAGGGCAGCUACAUGGAGAUGAAAUCCCCAGUCCGGCGGGAGAUGUCCUACGCCGAGAUCGGGGUCCUGGAGGAGCCGCCCCAGGAGGAGAGUUGUCCCGGCGGGGCCGAAGGUGUCACCCCCCCAGCCCCCCCCAGCCACUACGACUCCCCCAAGAACAGCCACAUCCCCAGCCACUACGACAUGCCACCCGUCCGCCACUGCCCGCCGUCCCCCCCGCUGCGCAGGAAGGACCGCUGAGGGACCGUGGGGACAAGGGACAGGGGGACCCCCCCGCCCCCCCCCCCCCCCGGGAGGGGCCGGGGUGCCCCAGGCCUGUCCCUGUCCCCGAGCUCGGGGGUGCGGGCGGUGAAUAAAGGGGUUGUCGGUGCGGAA